AUGUCAGUGUCAAAGGAAAGUUCAACUCCAACGCCUGACGAACUGCCCAGUGCUCCUUACUGUAAACAUUGUGGAGACUGUAACUUGAGGUUUUUUGCACGAUGUCCGUUUGGGAUUCUGAAUCUUCUGCUUGGGGUAAGUUAUUAUCAUAUAUUUUAGAAUGAUAAGCUUUAACGUAGCCUAAUCGUGCCCUAGCCCCGGAUCACCCCCAAUCAUCCAUGCACGAGCCCUUUUCUAGUCUUAUUCUGGCCUUACCGUUGUCUCACUAUGGUCUUGCCCUAGCCCUGCCCUACUAAAAAUGCAUUUUUAGGUACUAUACACCGUGGCAGUGAUUCUGUACGCCUUUAUGGAUUCAUUUUUCGGAGAGUUUCUGGUCAGUACACAUCUAUUGAUUGCUUUCUUCAUUAGAGCGGUAUUGAUCCUGUGCUAUGUUACCAACACUCAGUCAAUGGGCAUUGGGUACUUUACUGUUGUUACUGUGAGUUUUUACCCCAACCUUUAUCCCUACCCCUACCCUCACCCCCACUUCUACCCCUACCCCUACACCUACCCCUGCCACUACCCCUACAAUUACACCCCUACCCCUAUUCCUGCCCCUCCUAGCCAUAAUAAGCCUUACAUGACCAGACUUACCCCCUACUAUCUGAUAUGACCCUAGCGGAAUAUGACUUGCCCUGCACUGCUACACUAUGCCCUACUCUAGCUCCAAACCCAGCCCUACCUAGACAUGAGGAACGAGCUGGCCUUGACCCAAAUUUAUGGCGGGCCGGGCCUAAAUUUUCAGCCCUUUUGAAUUCCAAAACAUUUCAAACUUUUCUUCAGGAAUACCUCCUGGCCUACUUCACGAUAAUCUCAGGCAUCGCCUCAGUCCCAUUUAUGGCCAAAGAAAUGGUACUGAACGUGCCGAUCGACCAGAUCUUUGCCAUUUCCAUCUCAAUCAUCAUGUUCAUUGGGAUUCUGAGUGCCCUCUUCCACAUUUGCAUGAUCAAUCGAGCACGAAAAGGCAAGUCCAUCAUGUCAAUACUCUUCUUAUUCAACACUGGCAACAACUUUAUGACCAAAAAGAGGUUCAGGAAGUCACAAAAGUUCACCGUGAUCACGGUUUGA